UUGUAAACAAAAAUGAGAUUUGUUUUUUUCUUUAUUUUUAGUGAAAAUAGUUGGAACCUUUCAACAAAUUUAACAAUCACUAAAGAUUUUGGAACCUUUCAAAAAUAAUAAUAAUAAUAAUAAAUUAGGAUAAUAUUUACAAUAUAUCUGGUUGGCCUUAAAGUAAAUCAUUGCACCUGCUGUCUAACCAAUUUACCAAUUUGGGAACAAUUCCAGAACCCACUAUAGUGUGCAUAUAAAGUACUCAUUUUUUUUUUGUUGGGUUAGUUGAGAUUCUCACAAUUAGUUUUUAGGGGUUUCUAACUUUCUAUCCUAAUAUUUCUUCUGCAAGUUAAAGAGAAAGAUUGAGAGUGAAGAUUCUGACUGACGAUGAAACCUCUAAGGUUGAUCAGAAGAGUUUCUGGUAAUCACUCUCACCCCUUCAUUUCUCUGUUAGGGCUUCUCAGACCUCAAAUUCGUUGUUAUGAUUCCAACUACAAAAGUGUUAAUCAACUGGAAAAAUCGAUUCAAACUCGCUGCAGAUCUGGAAGCCUUGAUGUUGAUAAACUUUUAUGUCUCUUUGAUUCCAUGAUUCAAAUGCAACCCAUUCCCUCUGUUACUGCAUUCAAUCAUUUACUUGCCGCACUCUCUAGAAAAAACCAACACUCCACUGUUUUUUCUCUCUACAAACACUUAUCCAUGCGUUAUCGCCAUUUUCAACCAGAUGUUCAUACCUUAACCAUUGUUAUCAAAUGUCUAUGUCGUUUGAAGAAGAUGGGUUUAGGUUUCUCUGUUUUGGCAAGUAUUUAUAAAUAUGGCCUUCGCCCAGAUGGCCAUACCUUAAGUACUCUGCUUCAUGGGCUUUGUAUGGAAGGCUCCAUGGUUGAAGCCCUGGAGUUGUUCCACAGAAUCUUAGACAAGGAACUCCCAUGUGAUGAGUUUGUUUAUGGGGUCAUCAUUAAUGGGCUUUGUAGAGCCGGAGAAACUAGGGAGGCAUUUAAGGUGCUUAAGCAAAUUUACCACCAUCCCAAACUCAAUCCCACUCUUGAAUGUUUCAAUCCCAUCAUUGAUAAUCUUUGUAAAGAAGGGAAUGUGGUUAAAGCCAGAAGCCUGUUUCAGGAAAUGAUCAGUUGUGGUCUGACACCAGAUGUUGUAGCUUAUAAUUCGUUGAUUAAUGGAUUAUGCAAAUUUGGUGAUUGGGUUGAAGCCAAUGGACUCCUCACAAACAUGAUUGGUUCUGGAAUUUCACCAGAUGUAUAUACUUAUGGUAUAGUGAUUGAUUCUCUUUGCAAAGAAGAGAAAAUUCAGAAAGCAAUUUCAUUGUAUGAAUCUAUGACUAAAGAAGGUGUAGAACCUAAUGUUGUCAUAUAUAAUUCUCUCAUUACUGCCCUUUCUAAGAAAGGAAAAACAAAGGAAGCAUUUGCCCUCAUGGGAAAAAUGACUAAUAGAGGUCUAAAGCCUAAUGUCUUUAAUUACAGUUCUUUAUUGUAUGGGUUGUGUCAUUCAGGUGAAUGGGGGGAAGUUUUCAUGUUGUUAGCUCAAAUGAAGGAACAAAAGGUUUCACCUGAUCUUGUGACAUUCAAUAUUCUCAUAGAUGCUUUUUGCAGAAAUAAAAAGAUGAAGGAUGCUUUCAACGUGCUUGAUCUAAUGACUCAGUGGGAAGUUAGACCAAAUAUUAUCACUUACAGUUCUUUACUUUGUGGGUUGAGUCAUUCAGGUGACUAUGAAGAAAUUGCUAGGGUGUAUGAGAACAUGGUGAGAGAGAAUAUCUAUCCCAAUAUUAUAACUUUCACUAUACUCGUAGAGGCUUACUCAAAAAGAGGAAUGAUGGACAAGGCUCAAAAUAUAUUUGAGGAAAUCAUUCAACAUGGGGAAGAGCCUGAUACCAUGAUUUAUAAUACAAUGAUUAAAGGAUAUUGUUUGCUAGGAGAAGUAGACAAGGCCGAAGAGAUAUUUCAACAAAUGGUUUCAAAAGGUGUUCUGCCAGAUUUUGAUUCUUAUUGCACCUUGGUCGAAGGCUAUAUGAAGAGUGAAAAAACAGAUAUUGCUCUCAAGUUUAGUAAAGAAAUGAUUGAGAAAGGCUUGGUGCCUGACCGUGUAAGACAAAACAUUGGGACCAAGAUUUUUGGUGACAGACUUAAAAACUUCAUAAUCACUCACAACUGUUAAUAAUAUAUAUCAUGUUAAACGACGAUUAUCAACUGAUUGACUUCUUUGUAUCAAAUUAUAUAACUUGGUAUAUGUACUUCAGUUUAAUUU